CGCGCCUCCCGCUCCCUCGGGUCCCAGCAGCACGGGAGCUACCACUCGGCUCCCAACGCAUUGGCGGCUACCCGUGUCUUCCGUGCUCACACUUUCGCUAACAGAGUUCCUCUGCGGGAAUCAGACCGUUCAUUUUUUUACCCAGAGCUCUCCAGCCGCAGAAAUGAGAACCUGUGGGCGGACACCUACGAAGCCUGAGUGGGCGUGGCUUUGGGACCGGAAGAAGCUCCCGUUGCCAAGGGAACGCCGCGCGCCGCGGCGCCUGCUCAGCCACUGAUGCGCGCAUCCAGGGUGAACCCGGCGGUUCUCCCAACUUGUAGAAGGGGCUGUGCUUGGGACAAGGGAACCUUCCUAAGGAGGCAGAGAGAGGAAGGCUGAGGCUCCUGGGAAGAUCCCACCGCGGAAACGGGUACAAGAGUGCGUCCCUUCCUGUCCUUGUCAGCCCCUUGGCCUUUGGAUUGACGUCAAAGAUCAGUUGCUCUUUAAAUAUUUAAGCCACGAUAUGGGGUUGCUGGACAGACUUUCAGGUUUACUUGGCCUGAGGAAGAAGGAGGUUCAUGUUCUGUGCCUGGGGCUGGAUAAUAGUGGGAAAACAACAAUCAUUAACAAGCUGAAACCUUCCAACGCUCAAUCUCAAGAUAUAGUUCCAACCAUAGGAUUUAGCAUAGAGAAAUUCAAAUCCUCCAGUUUGUCUUUUACAGUGUUUGACAUGUCAGGUCAAGGAAGGUACAGGAAUCUCUGGGAACACUAUUAUAAAGAUGGACAAGCCAUUAUUUUUGUCAUUGAUAGUAGUGAUAAGUUAAGAAUGGUUGUGGCCAAAGAAGAGCUUGAUACCCUUCUGAAUCACCCAGAUAUUAAGCACCGUCGAAUUCCAAUCUUGUUCUUUGCAAACAAAAUGGAUCUUAGAGACUCUGUGACUUCUGUGAAAGUGUCUCAGUUGCUGUGUUUAGAGAACAUUAAAGACAAGCCGUGGCAUAUUUGUGCUAGUGAUGCCAUCAAAGGAGAAGGCCUGCAGGAAGGCGUGGACUGGCUCCAAGAAAAAGCAGUACAAUCAGAUCCAAGCUGUGAAGACGUGAAGAGAUAGUCCCUGGAGACCUCAGUGAUUUUCAAUGAAUGGAAUCUGCGUAAGGCAUACUGGAUAAUCUCAAAUUUAUUUUAAAAGAUAUAUGUAACUAAGAAUUUUUUUAACCACAUUUUGCUUGCUUUGGUGGACUCUGGAAGAACGUUUUAAGGACUCUAGGACUUGAGACAUUGUUAAUCUGGCCAUUAACUAUACAAAAUCUAAUAUUUCUUUUUAACUCCUUAGUUACCAACUUCUUGUUAAAGUCUACAUCAUUGUGAUAAGUAGAAUGUAUAAAUACCACUUAUAAGCCAUCUCAAUAUCCUAUCAUGAUUUAUGAUAUAUUUGAUGUAUUUUUAUUUUCAAUUGUUUUCUAAAAGUUUAGUUCAUUGUAUGACUUUGAAGUGCAAAUUGUGUUAGUGAAACACCUUUAAAGAUUUAUAAGGGAUCCCAGGUAAUUAGUAUGUAUGGAAUUUUUAUUGUGUCACUAUCAAUAAAAAAUGAAAUACACCAACUAGAGUGUUCUGUUCAUGCUGAAAAGAAUAAUGUGUUGGUGUGGUAUUUGGUGUUUUAAUUGCCAAAUAUUAUCUGAGGCCAACUAAACUGAAUUCAUUUCCUCGGUGCCUGAUGAAGGGUUCCGUCCUUUCUGCUCAGGCCUUGCCCUGACACCUGCAUGUGUGCGUGUUGUUCACAACUGUGAGGGUCUGGGUGGUGAUCAGGUCAUAAAUGUAAUGCAUCCCUUGCCUUCACGGGAAUCAAUUUAAUGCGGGAGAUCUGAGAACAUUUCAUAUAUGAUUGAUACAUUUUAUUGCAGUAGCUAAAUGACAAUAUUUCAUCUUCAAUUGAUAAAUGUAAAUUUUAAUAAAUUUUUAAUAUUUUUAUAACUG